UUCCAUUUUCAACGUUACACCGGCGGAGCCGGUCGGGUUAUAUUUUGUGACCUGAAGGGUACAUGGUAUUCAUUAUCACUUAUACGGGUACAAUGUCUUGACUCCCAUAGUUUGAAUAACACUAACAAAGUAAUUAAACAAAGGCACUUCCACUGUUUACUUACUGUGGUCCUCGCGCUGUAAACAAAAUACGUGACCUGCCGUAUGGUAAACAAAAAACGUGACCUAGUUAUACCCAGCCGGAUAUUAUGUAAUCACUUUGUACGAAUACAGGGUUCGCGGUACACGCACCAGACAAGACUAUAGUUAGGGAGGGACGGUUGUACUCGCUCUUAGAGGAUCACCAACAAUACAAGGUAAGAGGCCAGGCAGUUGGAAGGAAUGGAUGACAAAACAAUGCAGGGCUGGCUUGGCUGUUGGGAGAAGAAAACUUCACCCUGGCAUCACGAUGACGUCCAUGAAGCCAUAGAGAAACAUCACGAGAUACUAAUGACGUCACUCACAGCCAAGAACAAAAUCUUCAUACCUCUUUGUGGGAAGACUGUCGACAUAAAAUGGCUGGCAGACCGUGGGAACGAGGUUGUCGGAUUGGAAGCAUCAGAAAUAGCAGUGAAAGAAGUGUUCACUGAACAAAAUAUCGAAUACACUUCCGAGGACGCCCCCGCUGUGAAAGGCAAACUAUACCGGUCGACUGAUAACAAGAUCAAAGUUUAUUGCUGUGACUUGUUUUUAUUUUCCGCUGAAAUAGAAUCUGAAUUUAGUGGGAUCUGGGACCGAGGUUCCUUGGUUGCCCUUUCGCCUGCAGACCAGAAACGAUAUAUUGAGUUAAUAAAAACUCUUAUACACCCAGGGAUUGGUUACUUGCUCGAAAUACCAGACCGAGACCCCAACAAUGGGCCUCCAUUUUUUAUUUCACUUGAAAACGUUCAAGAGGGAUUUGGGCCAAACUGUAGUGUAACUAAGCUAUGUGCUGUAGAAAAACUGCCACCUACGGCAGAUAUUAAGAGUAUGCCGGACAUGAAAGGGAUGAAUGUCUUUCGGCUAACGUUUGGAUAAAAGUUUUGAAUCAAUUCAUUGUCGGAGACCCACGGCUACGCUAAAGGGCAAUCAGUCGAUGGUCUCCGACGAUGGAAUCAAUACUGUAAGCAUUUAAUCAAACUGACUUCUAUUGUAGUGUGUCAUGUUUAAACUUUAAUAAAUAUUAUUGAAUU